GUUUCCAGAACACUCUGUACAGCUCAGUGGAAAUAGGAGUUGGCUUGCUGGGUGUGCUGUCAGUGCCAGAGAUUUCAGCACAGCAACAUAGGGAAACAAACAGACAACACACAAACUAAGAGUGGACGUUGAGGGUAGCAGUUUAGCUCAAGUAACUUUAGAGAUUUUUAUGAAAGUUAGUGGCAUAAAAAUAAACCAGGAUGAGUCUGCUGCCUGAGAUUCAGUCAUUCUUUCCUGUGACAUUAUGUAACAUCAUUGUUCUGUUCAUUAUUUUUACCUCCUCCCUUCUGCUGCUGGACUUCAUGAAACGGAGAAAAAACUGGCCCCGUUUUCCACCAGGGCCCACUUCUAUACCCUUCCUGGGCAACAUGAUGGAUGUAGACUUUAAAAAUCCACACAUCUCUAUGAGCCAGCUGAGUAAAAAGUUUGGGAAUGUCUUUAGUCUCCAAUUCUUUUGGAAGAAUGUGGUGGUGCUUAAUGGCUUUGAAGUCAUGAAGGAAGCUUUAAUCAACAAGUCUGAGGAUAUCGGGGAUCGUCCUAGAUUUCCCAUAUACAAGAAGCUUGGGCAUACCCCCAACAGCCAAGGUUUGGUGCUAGCACAAUAUGGUACAUCCUGGAAGGAGCAAAGAAGAUUCACACUAUCAACCCUUAGGAAUUUUGGCAUGGGAAAGAAAUCAUUGGAGCAAAAGAUAACAGAGGAAGUUGGAUUUUUAUGUUCCAGAUUCCAAGAUGAACAAGGCCAACCCUUCGAUCCUUGCUUCAUCAUUAAUAAUGCAGUCAGCAAUGUGAUCUGCUCUAUUGCCUUUGGAGAUCGCUUUGAUUACAAUGAUGAGAAAUUUCAAAGACUGCUCUAUCUUAUGAGCAAAACUUUAAACAGAGAGUUUGGACUGGUGGCUCAGGUUUUAAAUGAAAUUCCAUUUCUAACAAAUAUUCCUUGGCUUAUAAACUAUGUUCUGAAAUAUGAAUAUGAUAUUAUGACGUUUCUAAGAGAAAUGGUUUCAGAACAUCGUAAAACUUGGGAUCCUAAUGACAUCAGGGAUUUUAUUGAUGUUUAUCUUCUGGAACUGGAAAAAGUAAAAGAAAAAACUGAUAGCAGCUUUAAUGAGACUAACCUGCUAUUAACAACAUAUGACUUAUUUUCCGCUGGGACAGACACCACAUCAAUCACUCUGAGAUGGGGCAUGUUCUUCAUGAUGUUACAUCUAGAAGUCCAAUUGAAGGUCCAUAAUGAAAUUGACCAUGUAAUUGGAAGAGGCAGACAGCCAACAAUGGCAGACAUGUUAGAAAUGCCAUACACCAAUGCAGUGAUCCAUGAAAUCCAACGAUGUGGGGAUAUUGUACCUCUGGCUUUGCCACAUAUGACUUACAGAGACACCGAGAUACAAGGAUAUUUAAUUCCCAAGGGUACCACCAUAAUUACCAACUUGUCAUCAGUCCUUAAGGAUGAGAAGGUCUGGAAAAAACCAAUGGAAUUCUACCCUGAGCAUUUCCUGGAUGACAAUGACAAGUUUGUGAAAAAGGAAGCCUUCAUGCCAUUUUCUGCAGGUCGUCGGGCAUGCCUAGGAGAGCAGCUUGCACGGAUGGAACUUUUCCUGUUCUUCACAUCACUCAUGCAGAGGUUUAAAAUAGAGAUACCCAAGGACCAUCCACUCCCAAGAGGAAAAAAUGGCGUGUAUGCACUUAUGUUUAGCCCAUAUCCAUACAAAAUGUGUGCUGUAGCAAGAAUGUAGUGUAUUAAACUAUUAAGUGAUCUUGUAUGUUACACUUAACCAGGCCUGGACUGGGACAAAAAAUAGGCCCGGGCAUUUAAGACUGAGCAACCCAUUUUAUGAAAAAACAUAUAUAUACAUAUGUAAAACUUGGUCAUUCAACAUGGGAGGCCUGAAGCCACAAUUUAGUGUGACUAAUCCUUGAAAUAAAUAUUAAAGAGUAAAUAACACAA